GGGAGCAGUGGCGGCGGCGGUGGCAGCGGUGUUGAAGGCUCGCCGAGUUGAAUGGGCCCAGAUGGUGCCGGAUGGAGCAUGGGCCAGGUUUUAGGAUUUUCCCACUGCAAAGAAUUUGGCUCCGUGUCUACCACUCCGGACUCCAGCCCGUCCAGCACGGAGGGUGGUAACGAUGAAUCCGAAUUUCCGGAGCUACAGACAGCGCAUGACUGGUCAGCAGAGGAUGAUGACGAUGGCAGAGGAAGCCCCCUGGUGUGGGGUACCCCACGACAGAACUCCUAUGAGCUCACCUUCUCCUAUAUCACUUUCGCCGAGCCUCAGGGGAGUCCCUCAAGGCGGGAGCCAGCGGGUUGUCGCCGGCCAAGAAGAGAACGGCCGGCUGGGUUACGCCGCACGGACACCACUGAGACCCUCCUUCCAGAGGAUACGGUGGAUGGUUUCCCUCAGUGGGACCCUGCCUUUUCAUUAAUGGAGGACCCUGAGCCCUGGGACAGCAGGUUAUCAGAAGAUCUUGUUCAGAGCGCCCACGGGAUUUUAGAUGGGCAUUUCCAUUUGGGGACCCGGGUAUUGGAGAUGAAUGGACAGGAAGGGGACAGGGAGAUACUUAGGCAAAAUCCUGAUGUCGCCGCAUGUCCCCUGGGAUCAGAGAGUGGCACCAGUGGCAGAGUGAGCCACAGUCCAGAAUACCACACCACCUACAUGGCUCUCAACUUCUCCAUGGAGUCCGGACCUUCAGAAGACAAGGACUUGGGGAUUCGCUGCUCCCACCCCAGAGGUCAAGAAACUCAGGUAGCGCCGAUCAUCAGCCAAUCAGAAGCCUUCGGAGAUGGGCAGCAGUGGACAAAAGGUGAGUCAGCGGGCAUCUAA